GUCAUGGUAAUGCGCGCAGCAGAAGGAGACAAGCGCUUCGAAAGGAGGACAAAUCUAACCAAUAAAGGGUUUUAAAGGGGAAUCUAUCGCUUAGGAUUGUGCUAUUCACUCUGCGAGAUGCGUCUCUCACGGAAACGCUGGACUAUUUGCACAAUAAGCAUCCUGGUGAUCUUCUACAAGACGAAAGAAAUAACUAGAAGUGAAGAACAUCAGGAAGCUCAAGUCACUGGUGAACUCGGCACUUCAAGACUUAUGGUCAAUAGUUCGGAGAAAAGCAGCAGGAGUGGUGUGCCUUCCUUUUUCCAACACUCGGUCGAAGGAUGGCGGGUCAAUUCGUCACUAGUUCUCAUGAUAAGGAAGGAUGUCCUGCGUUUCCUGGAUGCUGAGAGGGACGUUUCGGUUGUGAAGAGCAGUUUCAAACCAGGCGACACUAUCCACUACGUCCUCGACAGACGCCGGACGCUCAACGUCUCCCACACGCUUCACAGCCUGCUACCGGACGUCUCUCCACUCAAAAACAAGCGCUUCAGAACGUGCGCGGUUGUGGGCAAUUCCGGUGUGCUUCUCAACAGCGGAUGUGGCAAAGAAAUCGACAGCCAUGACUUUGUGAUACGCUGCAACCUGCCACCGCUGUCCGAGUUCGUCGAGGACGUUGGGCUGCGGUCCGACUUCACCACCAUGAACCCCUCUGUCAUCCAGAGGGCGUAUGGCGGCCUGAAGAAUGCCACGGACACGGAGAGGUUCGUCCAGCGCCUGCGGGGGCUCAACGACAGCGUUCUGUGGAUCCCGGCCUUCAUGGUGAAGGGAGGAGAGAGGCACGUGGAGAGUGUCAACGAGCUAAUCGUCAAGAGGAAGCUGAGGGUGAGGACAGCCUACCCGUCACUGAGGCUCAUCCACGUGGUGAGAGGGUACUGGCUGACUAACAAGAUCAAUAUCAAACGGCCCAGCACCGGAUUGUUGAUGUACACUUUGGCCACGCGCUUCUGCGACGAGAUUCACUUGUAUGGAUUCUGGCCCUUUCCGCGGGACGCAAAUGGAAAUAUGGUGAAGUACCAUUACUACGACAUGCUCAAGUAUCGAUACUUCUCCAACGCAAGCCCUCACAGGAUGCCACUUGAGUUCAAAACGCUGAAAAUGCUGCACAGCAAAGGAGCUCUGAAGUUGACGACUUCGAAGUGCGAAUCUUAAAGUGCUCUUCCUCGACAAGAGUGCCAGUUUGUGACAUACACUGACACUUUGUUUGCGUUGCUAGAAAGCACUCAAGGCUGUAAGACUGCUGAGUUGAUUAUGAAUAAUUGCAAAAGUAGUAAGUAAAAGUGAGCGUGCCUUAUUUUAAACUGACAAUGUAAAGGUACAAAACAAAGAAUGUAAUUGAAAAAUGAUUAGUCUAUCUAAAUGUCAGGUUUGGCAUUGUAAGCAUCAUGGCUGAGAAAUCAGGAAAUCAAUCCUUUGGAUGGAGCAUCAGAGACAACCAGAUUGAUUACAAUACCACGGAUUACUACAUUGGUCAUUAGAGUAGUUGUCUAGUAGACAAAGCACAAAGACCACUAAAAGCAGCAGUGGACGCGGUGUGUUAGCGAUCACCUGCUGGGUGUCGACCAAUGGUGGCGAUUCAACAUGCGGAAUCGUCAGAAAAUUACAGUCCAAGGGGAUAUUCUGGUCAGAGGCAAUAGGACGGCCCCCAGCAAACAUUAACCCCAUUGGCCCCAUGUGGGUAUUCGAUGGGCAAGCCCACGUCUGCCCGAAACGGGCUAGCCCACAACAAGUCCACAUCAGCUCAACACAGGCCAGCCCAGCGCAGGGCUUUCCCACACCAGCCCAACGCAGGACUAGCCCAUACCAGUCCACCUGAUCUUGGACACUGCCAAUGAGGAAGUUUUUAAAAUAAAAACUUAAAUGAGUGACAUGAGAAACUUGUGUUUCUGAUGUAAUGUAGCAAGGUCCCUAAAUACCUUUUUAAGGCUUGAAAAUUAUCAAAUGUAUGCAUUGAGUUGAAUUGUAAUAAAUAUUUAAAUUAUAGAAUAAACUGAUAAAUUGGCAUAGGACCAAUACCAUGAGCUCAUAAUGGGCAGCUGAUCCAAAGGGAAUGCUUAUUUCAGGCUAAGUGAGGGUUGCCUUCACCAGAUAUGGUCUGCCCGUAAUGGGCCACACUGGGCCAAUGCCUUGUAUGGGGCCAACAUUUUUGCCCACAUCAGGCCAAUGUGGGCAUGUUCGCUGGUUUCAACCGUUUUCGUCGUCAUGGUGUGUUUUGUCAGUAGGAAAAAGCAGAGAAUACAGGUUAUGCUCAGUAAAUUAGAUUUUGGGAUAUUUAACAUUUUUUUUUAAAGAAUGUGUCCAGGGAAGUUGAUUCCAAAGAUCCCAUGCCAAUUUAUUUGCCCUCACUACAAAACAAGGUUAUGUUCUUCACAGCUGAACUUUCUAGGAAUUAGAUGCCUCAGGGCAAAAUUAUUUUUAUAUUGGUCUAGAUGUCAGAUUAAUUUAUACAUUUUAAAUAUGUAUGCUGUUUCUAAGUGAUUCAUCUCAUGUUAUCUGAACACACCUUUUGUAAACUUGCAUGUUAAAGGGAAAUGGAAACGUACCUCGAGUUAGGCCUUUUUAGACAAUUGUUAUUCAUUUGAAUGCAUUAUUGGACUGUAUACAACAGGUGGGUCUAAUCCUGAAUGCUGAUUGAUUGAAACCGCAUUCCAGUCGGUGUCUUUUCCACAAAUUAUCACCGGCUAAAUCUAUGACGUUAAAAUGCCUAUUUAUUCUGUUCCAUCUGACUGCGCAAUCCACUGUCUCAUCAGCCCAGCCAGGCAAUUUAUAACCUUGAUCUCCACUAUAAAAAGCAUCUAGACAUUGUCUCACAUUUCUUGUAGACUAACAUUUCAUUUUCAACAAAGGCAAUUUGUAUAAACCUCGCUGUCUGUCUCUUCGACAUUUGCAACAUUGUUUCAGUAUUCAAAUUCGAUCUCCAGCUGUCCAAAAGUAAUGAACGUGUCGGGAGUCGGUUCAAGACAGACAGCCAGCGUUUCUCAGCCAGUCGAUAUCUUGAAUCAGCUGGCAUAAUUUUCAUGGAUUUAUAUACAAAGAAAUGUAAAUUGAAAAAAGGUCAAACGAAAGGAAGUGCAGCUAGUUUGCAGUCUUUCCAGCUUCUGUUUGAAGUGAUUGUGUUAGCUGUGUUGUUGGCUAGCUCCUCUGAACAACAGUGUCCUGACAAGUGAGCACAUUUUCUAUCCCAGGCAAAAUCGCACCUCAUUUGCUCAUUGUUAUGGAUGUAUCCAAAUAAUUGUCACUAGAAAACACUUAAACAAAUGCAAAUGAAGCUACUUUGUUGUUAUUCUGGCUGCACUUUUUAACGUGACUGUAUGUUAGCCGUAGUUGGCUAGCUAGCAAGCAAGGGAUAAGAACAUUACCAGCCAGUAUGGCAAUGGAACAUUUAGAACGAUUGUCCAUAGAUGGAGAACAAAAGACUGAACGACUGGGUCGCGUCUCUGGCAACCGAUAGAACGAACAACCAGCCGGCCUGGGUAGCAACCCCUAGAUUUGUGUCGGGGCUAUAUCUUGUAAAUGGAUGAAAUCAAUCAAAAUGAUGUUUUUAAUGAAAAUAUGUUAAAUCAUUAUUUAAAUAUGUUGGUAACCCGUUGUAUAAAAGUGAUAAUGCCCUCGAAACCGGUGUUUGGAGGAUAUAUUGAAGAAGUCUCGGGCAGCACCCGUGCCAAUAUAUCCUCCAAACACAGGCUUCUCUGACAUAAUCACGUAAGCAAAGUAUUGCACCUUGCGGUGUGGUGGAUUGUGAGGUUACAAAGCGGUGGCUGAGCCUCUACAGAGGACCCCCGGGGGAGUAUAAAUAGCCACUGACUGCUUCAUCUGAUCCAGUUCAUUAAACGUUACCAUUCCCCUUUAAACAGCUGAAUGUAAACACAGCCUAAUACCAUUGGAAUUAAUUGGUCUAUGUAGCCACUGCAAAUCUAAAAAUGUAUAAGAAAAAAAGCUGACAGGAAAGAUGUGGAGGUAUAGAAUUUUAUGUAAGCCUAUGAAUUAUUCAUUAGCAAUCAGAUCUUUCUGUGAUUGUUCUUAUUAACAGGAUUCAACAUCCGUCUGUUUCACUGUUGAAUCUCUUUCAUAUCUCACAGAAGUACCUCUUAGAUAUUUUAUAUAUUUGAACUGCUGCAUGCUCAUGCUAUCCUGUAGUAACUUCAACUUCCUAUAUUUACAUAAUGUCAAGACAACUGCCCUUUUCCAGUUUCUUUAAUAGGCUUGAAUGUAAAUGCAUUUAUCUCACAAUAUGGAUGAUGUCAUGCAACUGCUAACGAAUGUUCAAAAAGAUCUGCCUCGAGGAGACAUUGUAUGCUCAAGGAAUUCUUAAUUACAUUUUCUUUACAUACCAAUGUAAUUUUUAUUUUUUUUUUAAAAAAAAAAAAAAUUACUCUCAGUAUUAAGAAAGUCCAGUUGCUUACAGCUAAAAGAUUGUAUGUAUCUAAGGAAAAAAAGUCUGGGACUGUGUUCAUAAAUCUUCCCACAGAAGUCGUGCUAGUCUGGGACCAUGUCCUCUCUGUCCAUGUAAUGUUAUUCUGAUCUAAAAGGAAAAACUGAUCCUAGAUCAGCACUCCUACUCUGAGCUGCUUUAUGAAUAGAGGCCCUGGACACCAGUGGAGACUGGAGCCCAUCCUCCUAACUUCUCCUUCCACCAGCCUCCACUGUAAGACACCAACUUCUGGUAUAUGGUGGCAUAAAUGAUGUAAAAUGUCCAAAAACGUUGCUUUGUAAUGAAUAAUACUGAUGUAAUUGGGUAUGUGGCAGGUCAUUUGUAAAUGAACCACUGUCAAUGACAAUGACCUAGAUAUAUUAUGGAAAUGUACAUACAUGGUAACAUUGAAUAAGGAAAACAAUGAAUGUUAAUUAAUAUAUGGUAGGCUAACCAUUAUAACGAGACAUAAGGUUGAAUAACUUUCUUCAAUACUGCCACAAGCCUUUGAAAUGACUGAAAUUGUUAUGCCUCGUUUGCUUUGUUACACCAUGUGUCUGUUUUUGACUGUUCAUAACUCUGUAAUUUAUACAAUUCUUGUUUGAUGUUUAAUAUGUAACACCUGUAGUUUGAGUCAAUCCGAUCAGGUGCUGAAUGUCGUGGUAGAUUUUCAUCCUUUUUGGUCAAAUUUGAUACCAUUUUGUUGUACAGCUUCUUUUUUAUGUCAGUUUUCUAUGUUUGUGAAAAUGCGUUUUAGAAAAGUUAAUAAACUUGUAAAUUGAAGUAA